CCGAAAAUAACUGUGUCUGGGAAAGGAGGCCCAUGCUUCAUCUUAAAACAAUAGAAUUAGCUGAGAAAAAAUACAGAGAAAUGUACAGCACAGAGGAUGGACUGGAGGCUACCUUUCAGAUUGUUCAUUUCAUUGGUUGGUCCCCGCAUCCUUCUCAGCCCAAACCAUUACAAAGAGGAUCAGCCCAGUUUUCUCUGAAGGAUAUUGAUAAAAUUGAUGAGUUAACCAAGGAAAUGAGAUCACAAACAGAGGAACUGGAUACAGAGAUAAACCCAAAGAAAGACAAAUAACACAGACAGGAUAAAUAACAAACAUAAUGCAGUCAGGACAGUUAACAAAGAU